UUGCGUGUGUGUGUGUACUUGCGUGUGUAGAGAAAUAGAGAAAGAGAAAUGGUACACAUGGGAAUCGCGGGUCAGUACUUCUCGGAAUUGGAGCCAAAUUUUAAUGGCCCACCGAAAGCCAUCGAUCCAGCUGUGCGUGCUCGAAAGCUAGUGGGCAUGGAAAGAAGAGACAUGAUCUUAACAGCAGUAUUUGGAACAGUUGGUGCAUUGGCAGUUAUCGUUGCAUUGGGCUUGGCAGUGUGGUUUUACAUUCGUGCGAGAAAAUCUAAACAACGUGACGACGACCUUGAGGAUCCUAACGAGCACAGCACAGAGGGUGGUGGUGGAAGUGGUACAACUGGUCUUCAAACUCAGUCAACCAAAAAGAAUGGUUUCUUAAAUUUAAAGACAUGUCUUAUCAGCACGAAAACUCUUGGAGCGCAGUUAGAAACAACCGGUAAUCCAGCUAGUAAAUCACCAGCCGGUGGCAGUGCAGGUCCAACUAGCAGUGCAGGUGCUAGUGCUGCUGUAGCUGCACCAGGUAGUGCAAGUAAUGUUGGACCCAGUAGUGAACCACGAACACCAACUGCUGGACCACAGAAUAAACAAUUACAAAAUGUUAAAGGAGAUCAUCCAUCGAAAGCCUUCCUGCAAAGCAGAUCAAUCUCAUUGGUUGACAUGUACAUUGAUAAUUCUGAACCAAGUGAAAGUGUUGGACAAAUACACUUUAGCCUUGAAUACAACUUCCAGAAAACAACCCUCAUUUUAAACAUCAUACAGGUUUUCCAAUUCAAAAGUUGCAAAGCAGAGUAUUGCAUCUUCACGUUUUUGAUUACGAUCGUUUCUCGAGGGACGAUUCUAUAGGAGAAAUUUUUCUACCACUUUGUCAGGUUGAUUUAUCAGAAAAACCAUCAUUUUGGAAAGCACUUAAACCACCGGCCAAAGACAAGUGCGGUGAACUUUUAUGUUCAUUGUCUUAUCAUCCAAGUAAUUCAGUACUAACGUUGUCUCUGUUAAAAGCUAGAAAUCUCAAGGCCAAAGACAUUAAUGGAAAAUCAGAUCCUUAUGUUAAAGUUUGGUUACAAUUUGGUGAUAAGAGAAUCGAGAAACGUAAGACACCUAUAUUCAAAUGUACUUUGAAUCCUGUAUUCAACGAAACAUUUGCAUUCAAUGUACCAUGGGAAAAGAUCAGAGAAUGUUCUCUGGAUGUUAUGGUCAUGGACUUUGACAAUAUAGGACGUAAUGAGCUUAUUGGUCGUAUACAGCUCGCAGGAAAAAAUGGUAGUGGGGCAAGUGAGACGAAACAUUGGCAAGAUAUGAUAACGAAACCUAAACAAACGGUAAUACAAUGGCAUCGUUUAAAACCCGAAUAAAAAUUUUUUCACGUGAAACAAAAUAAGGAGAAGGAGGAAGAGGAAGAUGAAGACGAAGAUGAUGAUGAUGAUGAUGAUGAUGAUGAUGAUAAAAUAAUGAUGAUGAUGAUAAUGAUCAAUGCCGAUUUUACGUUUUACGAAUACACGUAUUCGGCCUCCUACGAGAAAUUAUUAUUCGUACGAAAGGAAUAUCGUUCAAGAAUAACGACGAUUAUUAUAAAAAUAAUACAUGACGAAAAAAAAAGGCUUG